GAGAUCAGCUGUGAUUAUCUGGCAGCAGCACUGAAGUCCAACCCCUCCCAUCUGAGAGAGCUGGACCUGAGUGAGAACUACAAGCUGCAGGAUUCAGGAGUGAAGCAUCUGUGUGGUUUCCUGGAGAGUCCAGGAUGUGGACUUGAAACUCUGAGAUUGAGGGACUGUGGUUUGUCAAAGAUCAGCUGUGAUUAUCUGGCAGCAGCACUGAAGUCCAACCCCUCCCAUCUGAGACAGCUGGACCUGAGCUCCAACAACAAGCUGCAGGAUUCAGGAGUGAAGCAUCUGUGUGGUUUCCUGGAGAGUCCAGGAUGUGGACUUGAAACUCUGAGAUUGAGGGACUGUGGUUUGUCAGAGAUCAGCUGUGAUUAUCUGGCAGCAGCACUGAAGUCCAACCCCUCCCAUCUGAGAGAGCUGGACCUGAGCGGCAACAACAACCUGCAGGAUUCAGGAGUGAAGCAUCUGUGUGGUUUCCUGGAGAGUCCAGGAUGUGGACUUGAAACUCUGAGAUUGAGCGACUGUGGUUUGUCAGAGAUCAGCUGUGAUUAUCUGGCAGCAGCACUGAAGUCCAACCCCUCCCAUCUGAGAGAGCUGGACCUGAGUAACAACUACAAGCUGCAGGUUUCAGGAGUGAAGCAUCUGUGUGGUUUCCUGGAGAGUCCAGGAUGUGGACUUGAAACUCUGAGAUUGUAUUACUGUGGUUUGUCAAAGAUCAGCUGUGAUUAUCUGGCAGCAGCACUGAAGUCCAACCCCUCCCAUCUGAGACAGCUGGACCUGUGGGGAAACAACCUGAAGGAUCCAGAUGUGAAGCAGCUGUCUGAUCUUAAGCAGAGUCCAGACUACAGACUGGAGACUCUGUGGUGGAGGUGAUGAUGGUAAACAGGACGGUGUGUGUGCUGAGAGGAGGAGCUGUGUCCUGAU